UUAUUGUGGGGAUCUUCGCAAAGAAAAGAAAAGAACUUAAAACCCUGCGGCCUAUCUGGUUUAUCUUCUCCCUCCAUUUCCACUGUACCAUACAAUGGCCACCACUUUCCUUAGAACGCCCACCACCACCUUAAGGCCACCGUUAACCGCCGUCAACGCCUCUGCUUUGAAACCCAAUUGUAUCACGUUCUUAUCCUACUCACACCGCAGACGAGGGCAGACUCCACUACUUCCCCGACGGUGUCGUAUUCACCACUCCGCUAACUCAAUUGUUCAGCUACCGCGCCGGUCGGUUGAGAAAUUUGUAGUCUUUGCUUCAAAUGGGGAUGCUGCUGAGGCCGUUCAAACUGAGACUCAGGAACCUGAGCAGGAGGUACAAGAAUCCGAGCAGGAGGAGAAUGUAGAUGGUGCUGCUGAAGAUGCUUCGGAUGAGGGUGACAACGCAGCCGCAGAUGAAACUGCAUCAUUCAUUGCAACUUCAUUGCAGUUGUACCGAAAUGCUUUAGCAAAUAAUGACGAUUCAAAAGUUGCAGAGAUAGAAAUUUCCCUCAAGUCCAUAGAAGAUGAGAAAAUUGAACUUCAGAGAAAAGUAGCCUCAUUGACUGAAGAACUGUCAAGUGAGAGGGACCGAGUUCUUAGAAUCAGUGCUGACUUCGACAAUUUCCGUAAGAGAACAGAGAGAGAAAGACUUUCUCUUGUGACGAAUGCACAAGGGGAAGUUGUCGAGAAACUUCUAUCUGUUCUGGACAAUUUUGAGAGAGCGAAAAUGCAAAUCAAGGUGGCAACAGAGGGAGAAGAGAAAAUUAAUAAUAGUUAUCAGAGCAUCUCUAAACAAUUUGGGGAAAUCCUUGGAUCUCUUGGUGUUGAGACUGUGGAGACAGUUGGGAAGCCAUUCGACCCUUUGCUGCACGAAGCUAUAAUGCGUGAGGAUUCAGAAGAAUUUGAAGAAGGUGUUGUAUUAGAAGAAUAUCGCAAAGGUUUCAAACUUGGAGACAGACUCUUACGUCCUUCAAUGGUGAAGGUGUCGGCUGGCCCCGGGCCGGCAAAGCCAGAGACAGCAGAGCCUAAAGAAGAGCAAAAUGAAGUCGAGGAGAAGAGUGAGGAAGGUACUGCUGAAACAGCAAGUGAUGAAGGGACAGGUGAAGGAGGUAACUAACUACCAGGCGAUGAUGUGAUAAGUGAGGGAUGUAACCUAUGAUUUCUCUUUUGUACAAGCAAACAAAAGGACAUAUUUCCUCGUUUGAUUGAGGUUGAGAUAGGUUUUUGCUGGUAUACCUUUCAAUUUUCAUUAACUACUGUUUAUCUGAAAGGACAUCAUUUUAGGUCAGUCGGCUUAUGACUGCCGUCUUAAACACUAUUUUUUGAGGCUUUGGAUAGUGAGAAUUCGUAUAGUUGACCCCAACUAGCUUGGGAUCAAGGCACAAUUGUUGUAAUGCUCUGGAAACAAGAGCUUAAUGUCAUGUGCAAAAUGUGACCUGAAUUUGUUCACUCUCUA